CCGGACGCUGAUGUGCGCAGAUGUGUCUCGCGGUGUUGACCAUCUUUUACGCGCGCUGACAUCUUUGUAGUGUUUUGUCACGCAGAUCCAGUCCUGACUGGUUUGAGCUGGUCUCCUGCGCACGCGCACUGGGUGUAAACAGGAAGACACGACAGGACAAACCUAGGAGACCGAGCAGACGAUGAUCGCAGAAAAACCCACCAGCGUUUUGUUUUUAUAGAAACAUUAACUACGACAUGUUUUGGCACACGCUCGCUAACUGCAAUUCUGUUCACGUUUCCCGGAAGCAGCCGUUAAAGUUUGGACAUUUUUGAUAGACUCGUUAAUAGCGCACGCGAGCUAACGCCGACAAGACAGCGACGCGAUUUCUUUCCUCCAGGUUGUCUCCGGCUUCACUAAACCUUAAACAGCGCCACUGUCUCCGUGUAACUCGGUGGCUCCACACCGAGCGUGUUCGAAAGCAAUGGUGCAGAAAGAGAAGACGCUGGAGGCGCCUCCGGUGGACGCAGAGCCGAGCCCCAGCCCCGUCUCCGGUGAGGUUUGUGCCGAGGCCCCCGGUCCGGUGGAGGAGCCCGGCAUCGGAGUGGAGUCGACGGACCACAGGAAAUUCAUAAGCGGGGUCGUGGAAGGCUUUUAUGGUCGACCAUGGACGAUGGAACAGAGGAAAGAGUUGUUCAGAAGGCAGCAGAAAUGGGGACUGAACACAUACCUCUAUGCACCCAAAGAUGACUACAAACACAGGAUGUUCUGGAGAGAGCUGUACUCAGUGGAAGAAGCAGAGCAACUCAUGACGUUAAUUGGUGCUGCUAAGGAGCAUGCGAUAGAGUUCAUCUAUGCCAUUUCUCCUGGACUGGACAUCACCUUCUCCAAUCAGAAGGAGGUUACUGCACUCAAGAGGAAGCUUGAUCAGGUUUCUCACUUUGGCUGCAAGUCAUUUGCCUUACUUUUCGAUGAUAUCGACCACAACAUGUGCCCGGCUGACAAAGAAGUGUUCAGCUCAUUUGCACACGCUCAGCUUUCCAUUACCAAUGAAAUCUACCAGUACCUGGGAGAGCCCGAAACCUUCCUCUUCUGUCCCACAGAGUACUGUGGAACUUUCUGCUACCCAAACGUCUCUCAGUCCCCCUACCUCCACACAGUAGGAGAGAAGCUGCUGCCUGGUAUUGAUGUCCUGUGGACAGGCCCCAAGGUUGUGUCCAAAGAUAUUACAGUGGAGUCAAUAGAGGAGGUGUCAAAAAUCCUCAAAAGGGCGCCUGUGAUCUGGGACAACAUUCACGCUAAUGACUAUGACCAGAAGAGGCUUUUCUUGGGUCCAUACAAGGGCCGCUCCACAGAGCUCAUCCCCAGACUGAAGGGAGUACUCACCAAUCCCAACUGCGAGUUCGAGUCCAACUUUGUAGCGAUCCACACUCUGGCCACCUGGUACAAGUCUAACAUGAACGGGGUGCGCAAGGAUGUGGUCAUGACUGACGGUGAGGACAGCACAGUGUCCAUCCAGAUCAAGUUAGAGAAUGAAGGCAGCGAUGAAGAACUGGAGACAGACAUGCUCUACAGUCCACAGCUCGCUCUUAAACUGGCUCUAACAGAAUGGCUCGGGGAAUUCGGUGUGCCUCAUCAAUACAACAGCCGACAGGUGCCGCAGAGUGGUGCCAAAAGCACAGUUAUAGACGUGUCCUCCAUGGCUGCGCCAUCUCUCUGUUCCUCCACUACCGUCACAACUGUGUUCCAGCAGCCCAUCAUGUCUCCAGCCAUGCCGCCUCUCUGUCUGGAUCCACUCUCACAUCCCUUGGCAAAAAGACCUCAGGAGGAAGAGGAGGUGGAGGUGGAGAAGAAGGAUUCAGAUGAGGAGCCCAUGGAGAUGGUGGUUGAGAAGCAGGAUGAUCCGGAGCCAGAAGCUGAAGCAGACCCUGAGGAGAAGCAUGUUGGUCCUAUUUUGGCCGAGAAGAUGGCAGAGGACCUGAAGCCCAUGGAUACAGACAAGGAGAGCCUGUCAGAGUCAAAAUCCCCUGAAGAGUCUCUCCAGGAAGACUCUGGAAGUGAUAUUGCCCCUAUGCAGACAGACGAUCAGCUCAAACAGAUGCCACAAGCAUUUGAUGUGUUUGUGCCUGGGCCCAACGAGAAGCCCUUGUUCACAGCAGAGCCUCUCACAAUUGAAGACCUGAGCUUACUGGCAGAGCUCUUCUACUUGCCUUACGAACACGGAUCCAAGGCCAUGCAGAUGUUAAAGGAAUUCAACUGGCUCCGAGCCAACAGCAGCGUCGUCAGCGUGAACUGUAAGAGGAAGGAAAGUGAAAAGGUAGCAGAAUGGCAGACAAGAGCAGAGGCGUUUGAGGAGAUGUGCUGCUCCGUCAUGCAGAUGUUCACACGUCUGUCCAACUCCGCCAACCGCACCAUCCUGUACGACCUCUACCCUUACAUCUGGGACAUCAAGAGCAUCAUUUCUAUGGUCAAGUCUUUUGUCCAGUGGCUAGAUGGAAGAAUCCACAGUACAAGUUUCUACUGCUAUUGGAUCGACAGUAGCCGAUGGUGUCGUAGUCAGUCCUCAGCACAAUUCCUUAGAGGAGACCAAGAGCCCUGGGCCUUUAGGGGAGGUCUAGCAGGAGAGUUCCAGAGAUUGUUGCCAAUAGAUGGGGCAAACGAUCUUUUCUACCAACCACCACCUUCAAUGCCAACCUCCAAAAUCUAUUCCAUAAGGCCCUACUUUCCCAAGGAUGAGGGUUCUGUUUAUAAAAUCUGCAAAGAAAUGUACUGCGAAGGGACGGAGGAGGCUCCUUUCUCCGAUGACGAUCCAGACCUCAUAGGAGACAGGUUAGUGGGAGGUCUCCUGACACUGAGUUCAGACUACGGCUUUGUGCUCGAGGACGAUGAAGGGAUCUGCGGCUAUGCUCUCGGUACAGUGGAUGUCCAGCCCUUCAUCAAGAAAUGCAAGUUGAACUGGAUUCCAUUCAUGCAAGAUAAAUACCACAAACCUGACUGCCAGAAGGACCUCACAGAGGCUGAGAAGAUGAUGCUGAGUUUCCACGAAGAGGAGGAGGGUCUUCCAGACUCUUUUCUCUCCAACUUCCCCUCUCUCAUCAAGGUUGACAUUCACGCCAAGGUGACAGACCCCAGUGUGGCCAAAAGCAUGAUGGGGUGUCUUCUAUCUUCUCUUAAAGCCAAUGGGUCCCAAGGUGCUUUCUGUAAGGUCCGUCAGACUGACAAGAGAAUGUUGGACUUCUAUAGUAAGCUGGGGUGCUUUGAAGUGGCUAAAAUGGACGGCUUUCCAAAAGACAUCAUCAUCAUGGGACGCAGCUUAUGAAGAGUCCCCCCUGCUCCAGUAAAAGACAGAGAGAGCAAGUCAACACGGCUUAAACAUGUUUGCUACCUUCGUGAGAAAAACUCCCAUGAUGAUUUUAUACUACAUUACCAUCUGGGCGAGCCCCGGGAGACCUCUUUUUAGGAUUUGUGUACUGGAGCACAGCAGUCGCACACAAAUUCCCCUGUGCUCCCCUCAGAUGCUGGAUUCAGCAGAUAUGAAGCCAAAAGGUUGAGGAGUGAUCCGUAGUCAGUUGAUUUGAGCCGACAUAGAAGAGUGGGGCUCUAGCAUUGAUUUCUGGGGUCCCACCUCAUAUACCUCCAGGAGACAGGAAGCGAUAACUGCAAGCCUUUUUUUCUGAUUUAAUCUAGUCGCCAUUACAUGGAUAUCGCCCGUGUGCUCGGACGCAAAGAGUCUGUAUCUGAAAUGGAGGGUGGAGAGCUGUGAAAUGAGGGCGGCCUGUAUCUCAGGUAGUGUCUCACUACCCCCACGUCCUGCUUUCCCAGCUUUGACGCAGAGAAUAGCACAGCUGUCGAUAUAAGUAGGACACCUUUAUACAGAAUGUGAGGUGCUAUGUGAGAGUUUGCCUUCUUUCAUCAACACAUCAUCAUGUUUCCAAUUCCUCCACCAAAGCCUAUUAGUGGCUUAUUUCUAACAAAACGUGGUGAUGCUUAGUCUGCAGACGUGAAGGGUAGAGAAUUGUAGUUUUGGGGGUUUGCGAUUGAAGAACGUCACAGACCAGUAAAGUAUUUGUUGAGACUGUGAAAGCCUCAUGGGAGACCCUCUGAAUUUGCUUUCUUGCAGUAGUAGACAUUUGGAAAACAACAUAAAAGCUUCUACAAGUUUACAGACCUGGUUCUUGGCCUGUUUUUGUUCAGCGCUUUGCUUUUGGCCAUGUUUUUUUUUUAUUUUUAUCAUUCAGCUGUUUAUUGCUUAUUUCCCCUUUGAGCUGUUAUUGCCUUUUGGUUCAUUGCCUUUGGAUUUUAGGUUUAUAUUGCAAGACCUCCAGUGUCUUCUGUAGAGAGGCUGUCAAACACACGGUUUAGUUUGGACAUGGCUUGUUGCUGAAAUUCCAGACACACAGCCCGAUCGUCUCUUCCUUAGUUUUGUCUGACCAGAUCCCAAACUUGGUCACAGACAUCGUCCAGUAAACCCAAGCUGACUGACAAGGUUUAUACUGGCAGAGGAAGCUCUGACGAGCUUAGUCGCGUUAACUUAUGUAUAAUGAUGCAUUUACUAUAUGUAAAAUUUUUAAGUUUUGUAUUUCAUAAGUUUGUGUAAGAAGUUAAAAUAUUCUUAUUUACUUGUAUUUUUAGUUCAUCUGCGUUCCUCUUCUGCCUGAAAAAAAUCGACAUUUUUCUGAUAGCAGUACCCAGUGUGACCAAAAUCCUGAUAUUUUAAUCUGCUAUUAAAAACAUUUUUCAACAGUUUACUUUAAAAUGACAUGAGGUGAAAUAGUCAAAGGAAUUAAAAAAUCACAGAGGCUUGAAGCUCCUGCUGUCCUAAAGCAGCUGACUUCUCCAUAACCACUAAAUCUGCAGUUUCUAGAUCACCAUCAUUAAUGAUCAGUUUACACUGUCGUGUGUCAUCCGUCUUCCCUGCUUUGUUUCCAACAUCACACAUUCUCAAAUGAAUGUCCUCAGUCGAGCCUCGGCGAGUACAGCCCUCACUGAGGUUCUUAAAUCUUGUCACCAAAGUGGCACUGGCUCCCGCACUGUUGAAAUUUAGCUGUGGGAGUAGGAAGCAGAAUUCCUGGGCCUUUUACGACGUGUCCGUUGAAUGUUUCCUAUUGUGACGCAUUUCCCAUUUUGUUUUUUGUAAAACUAUCUAAGUUGAUUAAAUAAAAAAAGCACUUUGACCAUAGAUAGGAGUGUUCUGUUGGUUACCUGAGGAUCAUCAGUUGCUCUUAAGUAGCUGCCUGCCAAUGUGAUGUUUUAUACUGUGUACAUUCAUCAUGUGCAUGAGGUGUAUUGGGUUUGCCGUGGCAUUAGAUUGACCUCAUCUUAUGCUACAAAGAGGAAGAAGCAUGCCACUCACCUCUAUGAGCAUAAUACUGUAGAAUAUAGACAGUCUGUUGACACUGUCAAUCAUAAAGUGUUAUUAUUUUGUAUAUCCUUAUAUGGACUGUGGCUGGCAUUUUGUUUUUCUUGAAGGAACAUGUUACAUCACAAUGUUUGUACAUCCGUCCUAACUGGCUUCUCUUUUUUUUCCGGAAGAUGUGAAACUCACUAACAGAUCUGAUGUUCGUCCCCUGAAACGACAGCAGAACGUUCAUGCUUGUUUUAAAUUUUGCAGUUUUUUCCGACGCUCUAGCUUUCUCCUCUGGCAACCAGGUUUGAUAGAAAAUGGGCUGUGACUGAGAGAAAGGGCUCCAAUUGUACAUUUUCAUUUCCUGAGUUUUGGGUGUCAUAAAAGUGUCAGUUUACCGAUGUAAAAUUUGUAUGUAAGAUACAUAAGAUUAAAAAGUAAUAAACCAUGAUAUGUUA